UUGAAAAUAUGUAGGCGUCUGAAAUUUGAGCAGAUUCUGUAGAUCAAAUGAGAAAUAUUGAAAGUUUCUUCAUGAAACUCGAAUCCUGAGAACCUUUGGUGGGAGAGUCCGCAGCACCGUUGGCACCCGUCUUCUCCCCGUUCUCACAAGCCUUCACGCAGCGGGUGUGCGGCCUGCUGGCUACCCGUCCAGAGGGACACAUCUGGUCGUCUCCCGGGCAUCACGCCUGCUCCAGGGGUUUCAGCGUCACAGAGGCACUCGGCAGUCUGCUGCCGUCAGCUGCUUGUUUUGUACCCUCUGGUUCAAUGGCAAGCUUCCUGGUUGCAGACAACAGUCUCAGUCUAUCCCUAACUUAGACAGAAAUGCAGUUUCUUGGAAAGAUACAGGAUGGAGAAUCAGGCGUCAAACCAGCCAGGAGCCUAGGAAGAUGGGUAAAGAAACAGCCUGGUGGUACCGCAGCAGGAUUUUUAUUUUUUAAUUUUAUUUUUUCCGUAACGUCAUAUGGAAAAACCCGAACAAACUUCUUGGCCAACCCUAUACAUCUUGGAUGCUCAGUUGUUCGAGCACCAGUGGAGAAAAAACUAUCCCUUCUCCACCGAACUGCCUUUACUCCUUCAUCAGAAAUCAGACUGUAUUAAAUUUGACGUUUAUGAAGACCCCUCCCUGCAAGUUUCUCAGCCAGCAAGACUGUUUAGUACAUAGCAGAGAAAUACAAACAAGCUGAGAUAACUAUGUGAACAGACCUGUGCUGCAAGAGAUGUUGCAGGAAGUUCUUCAGGCUGUAGAAAAUUACACCAGAUGGGAAUUUGGCUCUACACAGAGAGAUGGAGAGCACCAGAAACAAUAACAAUUCACUUCUCUCCUAUUCUCUCCGCUGUGAGCCAGAGGAGUUGAAAAUCCACUCCCCUUCUAGUCCAGGCCCGGACACUCUGCCCAGAUCAAGCACCACCAUGAGAGAGGAACCCAUGAAUUCCACCAACAUCUACGAUGCCAAUGAGGAUUAUUUUGGGUUGGCUAAUAGUUCAGAUUACUCACUCGAUGUUGAUAGCUUUCUAUGUUCCUUGCAGGAGGUCAGAAAGUUCUCUGGGCUAUUUGUGCCACUCGCUUACUCCUUGAUAUGUGUCUCUGGCCUCCUGGGCAAUAUUUUGGUGGUGGUCACCUUUGCUUUUUAUAAGAAAGCCAAGUCUAUGACAGACGUUUAUCUCCUGAACAUGGCCGUCGCAGACAUCCUCUUCGUCCUUACCCUCCCGUUCUGGGCCGUCAACCACGCUACUGGCGAGUGGAUAUUCAGCAACGUCAUGUGCAAACUGACCCGGGGCAUCUACGCCAUCAACUUUAACUGUGGGAUGCUGCUCCUGACCUGCAUCAGCCUGGACCGCUACAUCGCCAUCGUGCAGGCCACCAAGUCCUUCCGGCUCCGGUCCAGAGCCUUGGCCCACCACAGGAUGAUCUGUUUGGUCGUGUGGGUGGUGUCGAUCUUCAUCUCCAGCUCGACCUUCAUGUUCAACCAGAAAUACAAGCUGCAAGGCAGCGACGUCUGCGAGCCCAGGUACCACACCGUCUCCGAGCCAAUCCGGUGGAAGCUGCUGGUGCUGGGACUGCAGCUCCUGUUCGGCUUCUUCAUCCCGCUGGUGUUUAUGAUAUUUUGCUACAUGUUUAUUGUCAAGACCUUAAUUCAAGCUCAGAAUUCCAAAAGGCACAGAGCCAUCCGCGUGAUCAUAGCCGUGGUCCUUGUCUUUCUGGCUUGCCAGAUCCCACAUAACAUGGUGCUUCUCGUGACCGCCGUCAACCUGGGCAGGACGGACCGCUCGUGCAGCAGCGAGAGGCUGCUGGGCUACACCAGGAACGUCACCGAGGUCCUGGCUUUCCUGCACUGCUGCCUCAACCCGGUGCUCUAUGCCUUCGUCGGUCAGAAGUUUAGAAGCUACUUUCUGAAGAUCACGAAGGACCUGUGGUGCGUGAAGAGGAGGCAGAAGUCGCUGGGCUUCUCGUGCUCCCGGCUGCACUCGGACACCCUCACCUCCCGGCAGAACAGCGAGGCCGCGGACAACGACAGCCCGUCCUCCUUCACCAUGUGACGCCCCCCAGGCUCGGCGCGGACGGGCUAACAGGCAGGACAAAAACGCAUGGGGCGUGUGGACAUGAAGCCAAAGCGAGGGGGGUCUUUCCUGCAAGGUCAGGGCUGCACGCGCUCGGGAUGCCAACAGGCACCGACGGGCAGCAUCCCCCAAACUCAUUUGACGGGGAUGCUCUGUGCCCCCGUCCCUGCUGGCUGGCAUUCUGCAAAACAGGCUUUGGGAAAUGCUGAAUGAAAAUGAAUUGCUGACAAACGUGAACACUUUCAGGAAUAUUCACGAAGCAGCCCUAGACCACAAUUUCUUCUGGUCGUCGCAAAACAUCCCACGGCUUAAAAACCCAAAACGGAUGGGCUUCCCUGGUGGCGCAGCGGUUGAGCGUCCGCCUGCCGAUGCAGGGGACGCGGGUUCGUGCCCCGGUCCGGGAAGAUCCCACAUGCCGCGGAGCGGCUGGGCCCGUGAGCCAUGGCCGGUGAGCCUGCGCGUCCGGAGCCUGCGCUCCGCAACGGGAGAGGCCACAACAGUGAGAGGCCCGCGUACCGCAAAAAAAAAAAAAAAAAAAAAAAAAGGAAAAAACAAACGAAUGCCCUCGUGUAACUCAUUUUAGGCAGAAGGUUAAACGUCUUUCCAUCGUGAUGGUUACUGUUGGUGUCAUAAUAGCAAAAUGGGCUGACUUGAGCUUUAUCUCAUUUCCCUGUGAAAAAGUGUGAGUUUUUUCUCAUUUCUCAAGCAUGAGCUCAUAAAAAAGCAGAAGAAAAACAAGCUCAGAGACAGAAGAGGUGGCUGCAUGAGCACUAGAGACACUUGUCACAGUGGAUAAGGCAGUUGAGGUUGUAACCGGCCGUCAGGAAGUGUAAGUUUGCUUCAUUUCCCUCUGUGACUGGAAAUUCUCCUCUAAAAAUCCAUUAGACUGCAUGCACUUAGCAUACAGAAGGGGCUUAAUAAUUAUUUGUUUAACAGAACACAAUAAAAUUGGAGCUUAUAGUGCAGUUUAAAGAGUUAGUCGUUUAAAUUUUUUUUUUUUAAUAAAUAGAGUACUUUUUAAAAAAGAACCAGGAAACUUUACUGAGACAAUAAUGUAAGAACUUUUGUUCAUUUCCAUCAUGGAGUUGAAGAAAGCUGUGUGGAGGGGACUCUGGCAGUGACGAGCUUCAAAUUAGCUUCUCAGAGAGCUUGGAUCACAUUGGCUUCUGCUGCAGUAAAGUGGUUUUACCUAAAGUCUGAGCUUAACUAUGGAAUCAGUUUUUAACAAAUCUCUUUGCGUUAAAAGUUCAUAGAACUCAAGUUUUGAAAGUGCUUUGUAAAUAUAUGAACCUAAGUGGAAAAGCAUCAGCCCAUCUUACAAAAACACAAACACGGGAAUUCCCUGGCUGUCCAGUGGUUAGCACUCUGUGCUUUCACUGCUGAGGAACCAGACUCGAUCCCUGGUAGGGAAACUAAGAUCCCACAAGCCUUGAGGUGUGACCAAACCAAACCAAACCAAACAAAACAAGCAAACAAAAAAACCCACCGAUGCUUAUUAGAAAAGUCCUGACAUGAGCUGCAAAGAUACUGACGUGUAUAUAACGUGUUAUCUGAAACUUGCUCUUGUUCUUACAUGCUUCUGCUACAGCUCUACACGAAAUUCAACAUGAUCUCUUAAGAUCCAAAGCCUGUAUUUUUAACACAUGGUUUUGGCUUUGCAAAAUAAAACUGUUCUGUGGGUGAAGUAGGAACUGUCUUCCAGUCUCAGGGCUCGGACUGGGAGACCCUGGUGUUCAGGGGUCCCACGUCCUUCAAAUCUGUUAGCGUGUGACUUCAGAAAUCAAAGCAGAGGAGGCGUUACUCAGAUGCUUCUUUCGGUUUGACCAGAGCACUGAUGAGAUGUGUGAAAGCGUGUUUCAAAACCGGCACAGAAACAUCACGCUGACUCGGCGAAGCUGGGAUCAAGGUCUUCUGCAUCUCUGUCUCCAGAGGAGUGAAACUUGCUUCUUUAUGCAAUAACCCUUUUCAGAUUUCAGCCAUAGUGAAUAAAGGUGUUUCUA